AUGAUAUCUAUCUAUCUAUCUAUCUAUCUAUCUAUCUAUCUAACAUUACAAGGCAUGACAGCCUAUUACAAAAGUCAAGGGGAUAAUGGCAAUAAUGAUGAUGAUGAUGAUGAUAUCUAUCUAUCUAUCUAUCUAUCUAUCUAUCUAUCUAUCUAUCUAUCUAUCAUUACAAUAUGUCAAGGGGAUGAUGAUGAUAAUGAUGAUGAUGAUAUCUAUCUAUCUAUCUAUCUAUCUAUCUAUCAUUACAAGACACGACAGACUGUGCAAGACCUGGAUGAUGAUAAUGAUGAUGAUAUCUAUCUAUCUAUCUAUCUAUCUAUCUAUCUAUCUAUCUAUCUAUCUAUCUAUUAUCUAUAUUCAAUCAUAAUCUAUCGAUCAAUCUAUCUCCAAUUAUUAAUAUAUAUCUAUAUUCAAUCAUUAAUCUAUCUCCAUCUAUCUAUCUAUAUUGAAUCAUAUCUAUCUAUCUAUCUAUCUAUCUAUCUAUCUAUCUAUCUAUCAUUAUGCAAGGUGCCGUUGAAGGUUGUCGUAGGAAGGUACGUCAACAAAAAAACUAGUCGGACAAUGUCAAACAACAGAUAG